AGUAGCAUGAAUAUGGUAAUGUUAGUAGUUGUGAUAGGCCAUAGGUAAUAGUAAAAGUAUUAAUUGUUUUCAUGUAUUAAGAUGAUCUACAAUGAAAAGUAUAUAAUGCAUUGUAACCAAAAAUAGGAGAAGCUUUCAGGCGAACCCACCGCGGUGGCUGAAAAGGCUGUGGGCUGGGCUCUUGUCACCCACGACCCGUGAAUUGCCGCAUCGUUUGAAUAUGAUAAACAUCAUUUUUAAGGGCCGGUCUGGAGUCCCGCACUUUAGGCUCUUACAUUGGGAUUUGCCUGGAUUUCAAAGCCCUCAUGGCGUGGCCCUGACACCUCUCAGGAGCUGGUAGGACAGCAGAGUCAGAGCUCCUGGCAGGCACUGGGUGUUUUCCCCCAGACUGGAUUGUGGAGGAAUUGUUUAGACCUUGGAUUGUCCCUCUGGGUGAUGACAGCCUGAUUGCUGUGAUUUGUGUAAUUCCAUACAUUCGAUUCCCAAAACUUCCCAGCCCGGGGGCUUGAGCUGACAGGGCACAGCUGACAGACUCCCGGCAGCGCCACACACAAAUAAUCCCGGACAAGAGUGAGCUUCGCUGCCAAGCACUGCAGGGGAAAUCGAAUCCGAGUGCCGUGGUUAUACACCCCAAUUAGAGGUGAGAUACACCAUCUGCAAGUGCAGACGGAGUGACGAUGUCCUGAAUAAAUGUCACAGCCUCCUUUUUUUCUGUUUCCAGGCCGAUGCAGCAGUGCACUGCGUCUUUUGGGACUCUGGGAAACAGUAAGUGUUAAUUGCCGAGCUGGCUCUGUUCCCAGCAUCGCAGAAGCUUUGGCUGCUUGACAUGACACCUUGAAACUCGAGCUUGUGCUGCUGCUUUGUGUUGAUGUCAACGCCUCGGUACUCAGUGUAAUCCCCAGGGAUAUGGGUGUGGCAUUGUGCAGUGCUGCAUCUACAUGAACAAGAAGACUUUGCCUAAGAAAAAGGCAGAAAUGCGGUGAAAUGUCACACGAACUGCUACCGUGACUUCAGGGAAUACAGUAUCGGUUUUGCUGGGGUCAGGUCUUUAGAAUGGCUCAAACGGUCACCAGAGAGAGGAAGGUGAGGACAGACAACCCCUCAAAGAUCCUGCUCAACUUUUGUGCUGCUCUGCUGAUGUUGAACAUUGUCAUCCUCACCGAUUCCUGGCUGACCGCAUUCAACCAGCCAGGCCUCCGCAUCACUGUAGCCACGCUCCUCCGCUAUCUCCUUCUUGCAUUAUUCAUGUGGAUGUGCCUGGAGUCUGUUCACUUUUAUUUGGCUCUUGUCAAAGUUUUCAAUGUUUGUGUCCCAAAGUACAUCCUAAAAUGCGGCAUUGCUGACUGGGGGUUCUUUAUGUUUGUGUUUCACUGCCUAAUGAAGGAUGAAGUAAUGAAGCGGUGCCGCGUACACUUCGGCUGGGGAAGACUUCAUCUGAGUAGGUAUUCUGCUUGAUUUGCAGAAAUAGGUAAAAUUCUGCUAUCAUAAACAAAUUGUAGAUGCGGUUUGCUGUCUGUCCUUCCAAUUUUCACUGGGUCUAGACAAUGCUAUUUUGUGUGCUCCUUGAAAAUAGUGUUUAUCACCUACUAUUGAUCCACUAAGACAAUAUCUUGGGCUCCAUAAAGAGAGAAGCUGGGCAACUACCUAAAACCUCCAGUAAUAUAAAGUCUGAAGAAAGAAUUGAGACAUGAUGAAACUUCCUUCUGCCACAUUCCCCCAGGGAGGCAGAAAGGAUGCAAAAAAAGCAGUAUCUUGGUGGAAAAAGAAAACCAAGCAGAAUUUCAUGCUGCUCUGAGCAGGAUUAGGCAUAUGUACUGUGCCCUGUUAGAGAGAGAGAGCAGGGAAAAUGAGUCUGUAUUUCCAGAUAGUGAGAGUGUUGUAAAACGUGAAGCAUCAGAAUGGGCCUUCAGGUCCAGAUACACGAACUCAGCUCCAGUUUGGGAUGAAAAGCACAUGAAGUACCAGGAGUAAAGAGAAUUUUAAGCUUUUGCCACUUUCUGGAGUUGCUUGCAUCUGUGACACAUGUUGAUGUCAUCAAGAGGCUUUAAAAUUGGUUGGGAAGUCUGUCUGCUUUCUCUUCAUAUCUGAAUCAUCCCCCAAACCAACUGCUGGGAACAACUCACAGCUCAAGAAUCCAGUCCUGUGGACUAUGAGUUACACAGAGGGAUAACGGAUCAGGUCCUCCAUCCCAGCGCAGCAAAUGCUCAAGUGACAAAACUGCUGAGCCUCAGAGCUCACGUUGCGAGCCCGAAUCUCUCAGACGGCUCUGGAAGCCCGGGGACUGUAAGAGUUGGUUGGGAUCUCUGCUGUUGGCCAAGCUUUGGUGCAUCGACCAACCUCUAGUGCAAUUCAAGAAGCAAUGAGCUUCUUUCAGUUCAAUUCCAAUUUCAGCUAAACGCCUGAUGCAUCAUUCAGAUGCCACCCUUGAGUACUCAACACUUGGUGGAGUGCAAUUAGUUUGCAAUGUUUGGAGACACCCUGAAUCUCCCAUACAGCAAAGUGAAACAUUUCAUUAGCUGAAAAGCCAAUAAAAAAAUUCUCCUCCUCCCCAGUUCAGAGCAAGAUCUAUAUGCAUUUCUCCUACGCAUAUUUUGAGAUCCAGAAGGGGGUGAAAGUAGUUUAUGUGCAACAGGAACCUGAAUUUCAGACACAAAUCUGUAUCUUUCCAUUGACCCUGCUGAUACGCUAUAAGCUAAAUAUUAAACACUUUUUUUAUCAGUUGAAGUCCACCCUGGGGAGAAGAAACAGAU